GUUUACCCUUGGGGUGACUUCAAUAACCAACGCUGUUCUCACCUAAUCUUUCCGUCUACCUCUCAAAAUAAGUAUGAGAACACCUGGCGGGUAAGCAUAACGUGGUAAUUAACAGCCUUAAGGCUAAACAUAGCCGUGUCAACAAACAGUUGAGGCCGCCCGCCACACACCUCAGUUGCUCGACCGACCUCGCCAUCUUUGCCAGGAUCUUGUCCACACCCACGGGAAACGUAGCUUAUCAAACCACGACUCUACAAUUCUUCCCGCUGAGCUUUGUUCAGCCUCAUUACCCAGAACCAUGGUCAUCAACGGAAGCACCUUUGGAGACCAUGUUGGCUCCAACGGAAGCAUCAGCAGAUCCAAUGUGACCAACGACUCCAUCUGGUACCUCUCGGAGGAUCUGUCAAGACUCAGACAAGUCAUCGAGGAGGUCAUAGAGAAUGGCUACAAGAAGACCUCCUCCAGCAUUAUACGAGAACUGCGAGUCUUGCUGAAGACCGACAACGCCACGGAUGUCUCUAAUCAGACCAAGUCCGAAGAUUCCCUGGCCGUCCUCUACAUAGUGUUCGUCCUUUUCUUCUUCGCCGCCUCCCUCCUCGUCCUCCUCAUUAAGUACCUUCGGCGGGAAAGGGAAUCAUCAAGGCUACAGCAGUUCUACGAGGAUUACCUGGACGUUAAAGAUCCCCGUGUAGUGGUCCACUACGACAGCGCCGGACGCAGACUCCAUGUCAGAGAGCCUUCAGGAGCCUCAACACGCCUCACAAGCGUCUCCCUCGCAGCCACGCCCACUUCCUCACCCUCCCAAACGCCCAUUACCACGCCUUCCCACACGCCCAUUACCACGCCUUCCCACACACCCAUUACCACACCCUCCCACACACCUCCAUCCUCUCCUACAAACUCCGUAUUACCUGUUUACCCUAUUGUCCACGGCCAUGUUACUGAGGAUGUGAUAUAGACACAGUUGUAGGCUAAAAUACUUGCUUCAGAGACUCAAGGAAGUUUUGGGACGAGAAUUGUUGAAGCUGGAUCUAAAUAUCAACCACUUCUAUUUAUAUUCUUAGAUUACAUCAACAGUUGUAUAGUAAAAGAACAAAUCACUUCCAACCACCCU